UGGGAACUACGGUGUUUUUUGCUGGAUGGAAAAAGGGGGGCGCUUGUCUUCGCAGGCCAGUCUGUUGCUAUGGUAGCUUGUAUUAAAGAUUGCAUCCCUUGUAGCGACGAAAGUAAAACAAACACAAAGCAUUAUAAAACCGAACUGAUCAAAUCAACUCAACUUUUAGCUAGCUAGCUUGUGCAUAACAGAAUAAUGGCAAAAUAUGUGAUUGCAGGAAAAUCAGAUUGUCCAUUUUAUGCAAGAGCUGAAAUGGUGGCUGAUGAACUUUCACUAAGACUGGCGGAUUUCUCAGUCCAUAAAAUAGUUUUAAAACCAGAAGAAUGGGAUGAAUGGCUUUUAAAAUUGUGUGAGGGGAGAGAAUGGAGUUACAACGGCGAUUCGCCAAUUAUUUGGCGAGAGUUGAUUAAUAGAGGUGGUAAAGGGAUUCUAUUAGGGGGUUGCAAUGACUUUUUGGAGAUGGCAAAAGGUUAUUAUGGAUUGACUUGCAUGAAAUCAACAGAAACUCUAAAAUUAAUAAGAGAUGAGAAUGAGGAGACAAAGAAAAUUACUGAAAAAGAAGAGCAAACAAAGUUGUCAUCCAAAAAUUUAUUCAAAAUUUCUGUCACUAACGCACACAGUAAAAUCUCCUACAACCUACUUUCACAUAUUUGUUCUGGAAAAUUAAAUAUCGGCACAGUUAAAAAUAAAGAUUUAUCUCUUAGUUUGCAUUGUGUCAAUAAAGAUAUGCAUGAUUUACUUGACGGUACCAAAAUGGAGUUGCAAGAUUGUGCAUAUGGUGAGCUAACUCAUGUAUCUGUGGAGACAGAUACAAAGUCCACCUUUGAAAAUUCUGACUUGGUUAUAUUUAUAAAUGAAUCUGAAGAUCUAGGAAGAAAUACAUUGCAAAAAUUCAAGAAUUAUGCAUUGGAAAUUAACAGAAUGGUAAACAAAGAAGCAAAAAUUGUCAUUGCUGGAAAACAUGCCAUGUUAACAUGCUAUGUAUUAAUUCAUUUUUGUACAAACAUUCCAAAAGAAAAUUUUUUUGCAUUGUCAAGGUUUGAAGAAAACAAAAUUAAAGCAGCUCUAGCAAAAAAGUUAAAUAUCAUUACUUCCUGUAUAUCAAAUGUUAUCAUUUGGGGAAAUUCACCGGAUUUUAUUAUUGAUCAUUCUUUUGCGACUGCCAAAGGAUAUGAAGGCUCUGUAUGGGCACCACAUAUUGGAGAAUUUUCGUAUGCAAUUAAUGACAUUAUUUACGAGAAGAUGUGGUUAAAUGAGGAAUUGCCAUUGACCAUAGAUGCACCAAAAAAUAUCGCAGAUUUUUCAUUAUCAUAUUCUGCAGCUAUUUUAUCUCAACUUCAAGAUCUCAUGACUCCAUGUUGCGGUGGUAUAUUUUCCUUGGGAUUGGUUUCUAAGGGUUGGUAUGGUAUUCCAGAAGGACUUGUAUUCUCAUUUCCAGUUACUUAUGAAAAUAAUAAAGUGAAUGUUGUACAUGAUUUGGAUGUUAAUGAAAGUAUGAAGAGUAAACUGAAAGAAGCUGGUGAGAAACUUCAGAAACAAUGCAAUGAGUUAUUGGAAAGUAUAAAUUAAGAUAAACACUGCACCUUUAUAAAUAGUGUAUAUAUAGAUAGGUUUUAUAUAUAUCUUAUGCAGGGCAAGUUAAUAAAUAUUUUUGCAUCAGUUUUGUUUUCUCGAAGCACAAACAUGUGAUUAUUUGAUACUAUGUGCACCUAACAAGCCUAAUUUAACACAAUACAAAAAAGUACUCAACCAGUAUUUCAAAUGUUAGUCAGCAAAAAGUGUUGGUAGAACAUUAUACAACAUUUUUUAUCAUCUUUUUUUAUUUUCAUAUGAUCUAUUUUCCUGAAUUUUUGCACCCCACUAACCUUGCACAUCUUUAUUUUAAGGAAGCAUUAAUUUACAAGCGAAGAUACUUACAAAAAAAGUCAGUUCAAAUAGUUGGUAAUUUAGUACUAAAUAUUAUUCACUGAGGAAAAAUUUGGUCAUAUUUAAUAAACUUUUUUCACAGGUAAAAGGUAAAGAUAUAUAGUUUUAGUUAAUAGUAUAUAUAGUUUUUUCCUAAUUAUUUUUAUGCAUUGUUGACGGAUAAAGUAGUUCCUGGAACAUGCCUAAAGUGUGGCUUUUAUUUUACGUUUGUUGUUUAUAUAAUAUCUACAUAAUAUUCUUUGCAUAAAUUGUUUUUAUUUUCAGCAAUAUAUCAUGUUUUUUA